AUGAACUCUAAUGAUAUUAAUAACAACGGAAUUAAUUUUUCAACAUUUGAUACAAGUGCAUAUCAUUCAACAUUUAAUGGUAAUGUAAAUGAAGAUAUGAAUUCAUCAACUUCCAGUUAUAACCAACUAUAUCCAGUAAAUAAAUUGCCAGAAAAAUAUAGACAUAUAUUUUCAAAUUUUACGUACUUCAAUAAAAUACAGACAAAAGCAAUCAACGUUAUUUUCGAUACUGAUAAAUCAGUCGUUGUGUCUUCGCCCACUGGAUCCGGAAAAACAGUUAUUUUCGAAUUAGCUAUAGUAUAUUUUUUAGAAACAAUCGGGAAGUUUUCUAAUAAUUUACAGAAUUCUAAAAUAAUUUACGUGGCUCCAAUAAAAGCAUUGUGUUCCGAACGUUAUGAAGAUUGGAAAAAUAAAUUUACAGUUCAUGGACUUAAAUGUGUUGAAAUAACUGGUGAUAAUGAAAUUACGGAUUAUAUAUCAUUAAUUUCUAGUUACCAGUUAAUAAUAACUACUCCGGAAAAAUGGGAUUCAUUGACGAAAAAAUGUAAAGAAUUUAAGUAUCAAAUAAACACGGUCAAACUUUUUUUGAUUGACGAGGUCCAUUUAAUAAAUGAUGAAAUUCGUGGUGCAACAUUAGAAGCUAUUGUCAGUCGCAUGAAAAUUAUUCCAAAAAUUUCAAAAAUCAAUAAUUUCACAUUACGUUUUGUUGCUGUAUCUGCUACAGUAACAAAUAUUGAAGAUAUUGCAAAAUGGUUGACUAACGAUCAAAAUUAUCCUGCUCAUUACUUUAAAAGUACUGAAGACGAAAGACCUGUGAAGUUACAAAAAAUUGUAUUAGGUUAUAACUUUAAGACGAAUAGUUUCAAAUUUGAUUUUGACCUUACUUAUAAACUUAAACCUUUAAUAAAACAGUAUUCAAAUGGGCGACCAACCUUAAUAUUUUGUUCCACAAGGAAAAGCGUAGAAUUUACUUGUAGCAUUUUAAUGAAAGACAUUACAGUUUCAUUAUCUGACGAAAAACAAAGUUAUAUCAACGAAUUUUCAAGGGAAAUUAAUAACAACAAAAUUAAAGAAAUGCUUAAAUUUGGCAUUGGAUGUCAUCACGCUGGCAUGUAUAUUCAAGAAAGAAGUGCCAUAGAAAAAUUGUUUCGUAUUGGAUGCUUAAACAUACUUAUCGCUACUAGUACCUUAGCAAUGGGUGUUAAUUUACCAGCACAUUUAGUUAUAAUAAAAUCUACUGAAUAUUAUUCGUUUAAUGACUAUAAAGAAUAUAACGAAUGUCAAAUAUUACAAAUGGUUGGAAGAGCUGGAAGACCUCAAUUUGAUAGUUCUGCUACUGCUAUCAUUAUGACGAAAAUAUCAAUGAAGAGUCGAUAUGAAAAAAUAUUAAUGGGCAAUCAAUUUAUGGAAAGUCAUCUUCAUAAAUAUUUAACUGAACACUUGAAUGCAGAGAUAUUUUUGGGUACGAUCUAUAAUAUUAAAGUUGCAAUGGAUUGGAUAAGAUCUACGUUUUUAUAUGUCCGAGCAUGUAAAUCACCUCAAAAUUACGGAAUGAUCAAGACUCUUAGUGUCCAAGAAGUAGAAAAUAGAUUACAAAAUUUGUGUUUAACAGAGAUCAAAGCAUUAGCGUGCACGGGGUUAAUUAACUUUUGUGAUGAAAAUAAUGAAAUAAUUUCAAAACCAGAAUGCGAAAUAAUGGUUAAGUAUUCAAUAAGCUACGCAACAAUGAAAAAAUAUAUGCAACUAAAAGGAACUGUGAACUUAAAUGAUUUAAUAAAAUUAUUAUCUCAAUCCAAAGAAUUCGAGUAUAUUAAACUGAGAAGAACUGAAAAAGUAAUUUUAAAUAUUUUAAAUAAAAAUAAAAUACCAGGUGCAGAUGUUUUACGAUUUCCCAUCGAAGAAGGAAUAAAUACUCGAGAAACUAAAAUCAAUUGUCUUUUACAAGCGACCUUGGGGACAUUAAGAAUUUCAGACAGUUCACUAGCACAAGACGCAAAUAAAAUAAUUUUAAUUUCUACGCGAUUGACUAGAGCUUUAAAAGAAAUCAUGUUCAAAGGUACAAAAUUCGAAAUUGCUCGAAUCGCGUGCAUUUUUGCAAAAUGCGUGACGACGAAAUUAUGGGAACAAUCAAAGUUUGUUUCAAAACUUAUCCCAAGAGUAGGACAAGUGUUAUCACACAAUUUUGUUUUAAACGGAAAAACUACAUUGAAAUCAAUUCGGGAUACAAGUCCUAGAGAUUUAGAACGGUUCCUUAACCGACAGCCACCGUUUGGAAACCAUAUACACAACUUUAUUCGACAAAUUCCAAAGUAUAAAGUGUGUGCAAAGUUUGAUAAAUGUUCAGAACUAAUUAUCGUUAAUCUAAUUUUAAUUGAUCAUAAUAAUAUUUCGUCAAAUGUACUAUUUCAAACAGUAUCAGUUUUGGUGGGUGAUUCUGAAAAUCAUCUGCUCAAAAUUCAACAAAUACGUAACGAAAAAUUUUUGGAACAAGGAGGAAUCAUAAAUAUGACUACGCCGUUGCAAAAUAAUUUUUUUUUUAAUAAACCCAACUAUGAAAUUACUAUUUGUUUGAUAAGCGACUAUUGGGUCGGAAUUGAUAUUGAGAUUAAGUUCAAACCAAACAAUAACGAAGAACACAUAAAAGAAUCAAUGAGUGAAGAAAAUUGUUGUAAUGAGUCACCGUUGAAAAAUUUCCCCUCUCCACCGCCAAAAAAAAAGCGAACUUCGAGAGUAGUGAAACAAGGCAAUAAAGACAAAACACAGUUAAAUAUUAAAAAAUAUUUACAUAACAUUACUUCGAGAGAUCAAGACCCUAAAGUCAUGAAUAAACUGAGUGUGGAAGAAGAUACAGGUACUGAUGUAAAGCGUUGUGCUAAUGAAAGUAGUGUUGCAACAUGUAAAAUUGCAGGCGAAAUGUUCAAAACACAAACUGAUUCUUUUAACAAUGGACAGCCAAAUGAAUAUUUUAAAUUCGACAAACAUGAAUUAAAUAAUUAUUUCUGUUACGAUGAAUUAAUAAAUGACGACGUAUUCGGUGAUUUAUUUGUACCUGAAGAUAAUAAUGUUAUUUCUAAGUCAUUUGAUUCGGCGAUAGAGAAGUGUUGUUUCAAAGAAAGUGCAAUUCAAACGAAUUAUUUAAAAAAUAAAAUUCGCACUGAAGUUAUUGAACCCAUGCAAUUGAGAUGCUCCAGAAAAAACAAUUGUUUAAAUGAGAAAUCAAAACAUAACAAAUUGACAAUAGAAAAAAAAGUGGGCGACGCUAAAGCAAUAGUAGAUGUGCGUCUUCCAAAAUUUAAUCAGAUCACCUGUGACAAUAUUAAUCAAUACAAGGGAGCAGAUCAAUUAUUGCCAAACAAAGAAAACAUAAAUCCAUAUAAACUGAAGUACACAAAAAAAUGCCUUCUGUUCGGUGAUAUACAAAAGUAUGACGCUGAGAAUAAAGACGAAACCUCGUCUAUUGGAUUUGACGUGAAACAGAGAUGUUUUACGGACUCAGAAAGUACAAAUAAAAAUCAUAUCAUAUUUACAUCAAGUUUUAAAACGUCAACAACGACCAGGAAUCAGUCGGAUUUUGCAUUUGAACGGAAAUCCGAACAAAAUUUAUCAACAAUAAAUAUCGAUCAAGUAAUGCCGGUUGCGGCCGUGGGUAGAUUGUCUCGCCUAAUAGAAAACAAUUUGAAGGCCCCGUCUGAGUUUCAAGUUCCUCAGGACAUGGAAAAUCUACCUAAAGUAACUGAAAUCCAUCUUCAGGAAUACUCAGCUAACACCUUUUUUCCGGUCGAUCGUGAUAGUGUGCAGCAGACAAGACCAGAAUUUGGAGUUUUUGCAGCACCGAUGGCUCGAACGCCCAGACAAAAUGAUUGUCUUGGCGGUAAAUCAACCUUAGACAAGUAUUUCCGAAGGGUCAAAACCUCACGGCGACUACGGGAUUUAAAUUCCAAAGAGCUUCCCGUAGCAGUAUCAGAUGUUUCGGAGAAAAGUUUUGUCGAAAGACCAUCAUCCGACCCAGCACUGCAGCAAAGAACUGACCUCAGAGACGAGAAACUGUUGUUCACUAAGCGUUUUUUCAACCACAAUUUAGAAGACUCACGUGAGACUGGUAUCAGACAGUUACUAUUCCCCGGCGAUUUUUAAGGACUUGUAAAAAUAACACCCAUGCCUGCAAUAGGGUUCAUAUAGCAAUAAUAUCCAAAGCAUUUCAAUAAAACAAUAUAAUAAUUAUACAAGCAUCGUAUAUAGUUACAGUACCUGAGAUUCGUGUAUAUACUUUUACCAACAGGCUAUUUGUUUUAUGUUAAACUAAUAUUAUAACUUUUAA